AUGACGCUUGUUGAGCUGGUGCGAUAUGGCUUUCCGGCAUGCAGAUCCACAUUUCGGAACGUCUUCGUACGUCGAGAGCCCUCAUCACAUUACGUCGUUGGUGGCUGGCGCAGGGCGUCCAGUUCGUUGCCGCAGAAGGAAAUGCAAGAGUCUGAUGUGGAAGGUGGCAAUGCGCUCGCCAACCGUGAGCCUCAGCAAAUGGAGGCUGAUUCAUCGAUUGAAGACAUCUUAGUCCGAAGCCGUCGGAAGGACAUAAUAACACGGGUUGGUCCUGCAGCGGUUCGGUACAUGCCCACAGAAGAUCCGCACGCAUUUUUGCUUCCUGACAACAGGUUGGAGCCAGCCGAGCGGAAAUGGCAAAGGCUGUUUGUGGCCCUUCCGUGGCUGACGUUUGCGGCCAUGCUCGCGCUUCCGGUGCUGUUGGUGCACACCAACCUACCGUAUCUCGUGCAGCGCGCGGAGCAUGAAAAACAGGCUGCCGGCAAAAAAUUGAUUCCGUUGUCAGAGCGGGUGCCAGACUUCCAAAUCGUCAAUUUUGGCCAAAUGCCAGAUGUGCUUGAACGCCCAUUUCCUACGAUGCUGAUACUUUUCCACCCAGCCACAUUGGCCUCAAAAGUUUUUGUGCCGGCAAUGCGAGAUUUGGAAGGCAUUUUACGAAAUGCUUCCAUUCCGGUGACUGUUGCGGCAUUGGACUUGACAGCCUCGCCAAUGCCUCCAGAAGCUUUCUUGUGGGAAUAUCCAGCGGCCGUGUCACCGCACAUCCAACUCAUCUUGCCGAGAUCCAUGGAGGGAGAGGCUGGCGUGUUGGACCACGAUGGUGGCUGGAAUGCUCACUCGUUAGCUGCGGCAGCCUCUCGCCUCGCAGGGCCGCGUGCUCCGGAGAUCCCUGCUGAGGAAAUUUCUCGACUGGAUAAUGGCAUUCAGCGCCUUCGAGAUUUGCUUUUCGAGCUGCUCUUCCUGCAGGAGAUGCCUGCUCAAGACAACAGGAGGAAGGCCUCUUGGUGGCGGCGGUGGCUGCACCUGGUUCCUCACCAGGAUCCGUCUGCAGUUGAUGCGGCCGAGCGCGAUCGAUGGCAGGCCAUCUAUCAGGUCGAACAGGAGAUCGAUCUGCUCCACGGCCUGGACGCUGCCAUUGCCUCCUGCGAGACUGCCCUGCACCGGCUGCAGCAAAGGUGA